AUGUCUUCUAGAUACGCAGCUGCACGACCGAAACGUGCAGGUGAAGAAUUCGCUCGUUCACAUCGUAAUGAAGAUGAGGAUGGCCCUUCAAAGAAACCAAAAUUCGACUUAAGAAAUCCAUCUGCUUUGGUAGCUGAUGAACCGGAAGAGGAUGCGGUCUUGGACGCAGAUGUUAUUGCGAGUCGAGGAACGGGUGUUAAGAGAGGAGCUGUCAAUAUCGAUGGCUAUGAUUCAGAUUCGGACAAUGAAGGGUUUGACGCGCGGGCAGACGAACGAGCUAGAGGAAAGAAGGGCGAGGUAAACCUGGCGGAAGCCCUAGAUGGAUAUAGCAAAGAGAAGUCCGGGGUAGCAAACAGGAACACAGACAUAGAGGAGGAUGCGGACAUGUUUGCAGACUUAGAGGACGAAUUUGCAGAUGGCGAUGAGGAUGAGAAUGAGCUAAAGGCACGGAAGAAAGUAAAAGAAGUACGGUUCUUGAAGGAGGACGAGAUUGAAGGUCAGGUUUUGGGCAGUAAGAGUGGUGGUCAUGUAUCUGGGAAUUUUACAUUGGACCCGAAAGGAAAGUUGUCAACACAUGCGAUGGACGACCAGGAUAGCAGCGAUGACGAAGAAGAUGCUGUGUUAGCUGCGCAAGAAGAAGACGUGGACGAGGAAGUUGGCGCCGGUGGAUUGAAGAGAAAUGCCCCAAAAGUUGAUGCGUUCAACAUGAAGGCUGAACAGGAAGAAGGGAAAUUUGAUGCGAAUGGAAACUUUGUGCGAAAUGCAGCGGAUCGAGACGCGGUUCACGACAGUUGGCUGGAAGGGAUCAGUAAGAAGGAGAUGAAGAAAGCUGCAGAAGCACACGAAAAAAGAGAGGAGGAACGACGGCAAAAAAGACUAGAGGAUGAUGCCAUGUUACUCUCAGAUAUUCUGCGGACGGUAAUACUACGACUAGAGAAAGGCGAGACGAUUCUUGAGGCACUUGCUAGACUUGGAAAGGGACAAGCCAAAACGAAGAAAAUACCGAAAUGGAAAUUAAACAAGCAACUCCAGAAAGACAAUUCUAUGGAUGUGGAUGCUGAGAAGGCCGAAGACCCAGAACAAGUUAGGAUACGAGAGGCCAUAAAUGCCAUCACGGGAGCUGCUGAUCAACUACUCAUAAGAGGCCAAACGGAUGUUUAUGAGCAGGAAAGAGAGAUGCUUAUCCGGCAAUAUCGAAGGGAGACGGGAGAAGACUGGGCAGAACCACCUGGAGAAGUAGCUAUGGACGAAGAGAUGAGGCUAAAGACUAGCACAAUGUGGGAAUAUAGAUGGACUGAUGGUCGUGACGGGGCUGCCACGCAAGGCCCCUUUGAUGGUCCGACUAUGGUAGCAUGGCAGGAUGCAGGCUACUUUGGAGAGGGAGUUGAGUUCAGGAGAGUAGGACAGGAGGGCGUUUGGAGCAGAGUCGUGAAUUUUGUAUGA